UCAGAAAGUAAACAGAGUUCCAGGCUGCAGCAUGCUGUCUGCAGGACGGGGACUGCAGCUGGGGCAAACCCAUGGGGGCACCAGCACUGCCCCCUGGACCGGCACCGUUAUCUCUUGGAAGGAGGGCUGGUUCCUCCUCAUCUUCCUCUCCAUCUCCUUGCCCCAAGGGACAGCGUGGCCCUACGAUUACAGGUAUUUGUACAACCAUUGCCCGGGCCCAGAGUGGAACGUCAUGUGCAGAGGCUGCUGCGAGUACGAUGUGAUCCGCUGUAAAUGCCCCAUACAGGGGACCCCGGUGGGCUACGCAGUGCCGUGCUGUCGCAACGCCAUCAAUGAGUGUGACCCCUGCAUAAUUCAUCCAGGUUGCAGUAUAUUUGAGAACUGCAAGCGUUGUAACAAUGGGACAUGGGGCCCCAGGGAUGACUUCUUCAUUACUGGGAAAUACUGCGCUGAGUGUCGACCUGGCUGGUCCGGUGGAGAUUGCAUGAAGUGUGGGGGAGUAAUCCGUAAGAGGCAGGGCCACUUGGUGCUUGAGAGCUACCCUAACAAUGCCCGGUGUGAGUGGACCAUCCAGGUGGAUCGACCCUUUACUAUAGAGCUCAGGUACUUUACUGAGGGUUACAUCUCCGUUCCCAGGAUAGGACAGGACUCUGUGAAGUGUUGCCCUGUGAGCUCACCGGGGCCUGUGAACACGCAGACUCCCAGCCUGAGUGGAGAGGACUCUGCCCUGGGAAACAUGGGACAAUACCAGGCUGUUGUUCCACUUUAG